AUGGACGAUACGGAUGGGAUAGAUUUUCUAAAUUACGUAUCUUCCGGUCAGUGCGAGAGACCGCGCGAACCUGUGUUUGUAAAAGGUUGUGGGGAUUUAACAAUCUUUGGAAUAAAUAACAAAUUCAAGGAAGACUUUCCUAAUGAAUUACACGGCAAAUUAGCGCCUGAAGAGUUUGAAGAAAGUAUACGAAAAAUUAACGACCGCUUGGAAAGUUCACUACCUAGCCAUGUUCGAUGGUUCGUCUGUGGAUUGUUAUGCUGUUGUUGUACAGCAGGGUGUUCGCUGUGGCCAGUGAUUCAUUUGAGUCGACGAACAAGACGAGACCUGCAAAAAAUACUGGAAGCUGAAAAUAUUCGGCUGUAUUGUAGUAUUGGUCUACGUUUGUCCUUAGUCAAACAGAGAUCUUCUGAAACAACAACUUUGAUGGAAUAUGUACUGCGAAUAGAUCAAUUACCAAAAGCGUGUAUAUAUUUGCCUGAUUGA